AUGUUGGCAUCUUCUUUAGCCAUUUUACAAAUAUUUUGUGCAUUCGGUAUCAUUGUACCUUUUAUGGAACCAAUUUUUAUAGCGACUGGAACGCAAUUCAACAGUAGUCAUUUACCUAUAAUUGGAGCUUCAUUUAAAGUUGUCGCCACCAUUUUAGCAUCGUGUAUCGUGGAAAAAUGCGGUAGAAGAGUAUUACUUAUAAUUUCAACAAUAGGAUCAGGAGCGUCUUUGUUGGUACUAGGUUGUUUCUUUUAUUUGAAAUCUAUCGAAUCUUCUCUAAUCUACCAAAUGCAAUGGUUACCUCUAGCUUGUAUUAUAGGUUAUACCAUUUUGACUACUACAGGAAUAUUUUUAAUACCUCAAGCCACUAUGGGUGAACUGUUUACACCAGAUGUUCGAACAACUGGUAUAUCUGUUGUAUCUAUAGUUUUUUCAAUUUUAUUAUUCUGUUCGUCGAGUACUUAUCCCUUGUCGAAUAUAUAG